GUUUGUAGGGAAAGUUGAUCCAAGGAGCCGGGCGGUGGCGGAGGCAGCCCGACCUGAUUUUUCGACUGCUCUCCUUACGGCCUGGUUUCCCCCAUACUAGUUCCAGAAGGAGGGAGGUCCUUCAUUCCUAUUUGUGAUUGACAGAGGGGCUCAGAAGGCAGCCAGAACCUGGCUUGACAAUGCCCUGAUGGAAGGUCACCAUGGACAAACAGACGCUGACAGAGGCAAAAAUCUGCUAACUCAGGGGGCAGACUCAACCAGGGCUGCGAGCAGGCCUGGGGAACGAGCCCCUGGUCUCCAAAAGGUGCCUUUCACGGCCACACAGCCAUCUCCAGCUGUCUCUGCCACCCAUGGCUCUUGGCCAGGGCUCUGUCACUGACUGUCUAAUGUCACUUCCCUUGUGAUACAUGGGUCCUCUGUCUCCUGCCAGGACCAUGAGGCUCUGGAGGCCUGGGAGCCUAGGGGUGGCUCUGGGAAUCUUCAUGACCAUUGGAUUUGGCCUCCAGCUCUUAAGGGGACCAUUUCAGAAGAGGUUACCUGGGCUGCAGCUCCGACAGUCCUGGGUCCCUUCAUUGGGACCAACUGUUAAGUCUUGCCUACCACGACAGCGGCUUGUGUUCUUGAAGACCCACAAGUCUGGGAGCAGCUCUGUGCUCAAUCUCCUUCAUCGCUACGGGGACCAGCAAGGGCUACGCUUUGCCCUACCCACCCACUACCAGUUUGGCUACCCAAAGCUUUUUCAGGCCUCUAAGGUCAAAGGCUACCACCCCCAGAGUUCCGAUACCAAGAAGCCUUUCCAUAUUCUCUGUCACCACAUGAGAUUCAACCUAAAAGAGGUACUACAGGUCAUGCCUUCCGACAGCUUCUUCUUUUCCAUUGUCCGAGACCCAGCGGCUCUAGCCCGCUCUGCCUUCUCCUAUUAUAAAUCAGCUUCAUCGGCCUUCCGAAACGCACCAUCUUUGACUGCUUUCCUGUCUAACCCUCAAGCCUUCUACAGACCCGGGGGCCGUGGCAACCACUACGCCCGCAACUUACUAUGGUUCGAUUUUGGUUUGCCCUUCCCCCCAGAGAUGAGAGUCAGUCCUCAUCUACCCAGAGACCCCAACCCCCUCCAGCUACAUAUUGUGCCUUCUUCUGGUGCCGGCCCUGGAACUCUCUUCCAGCCUAUGAGCACCGUUGCUAAUAGUCAUGAGCAGCCAGCCAGCUUUGCCUCAACGGAUUUGGGGCCCUCAUCUUUUAUCAAGUGGGGUCUGGCCUGGUUGGACUCUGUCUUUGACUUGGUCAUGGUGGCUGAAUACUUUGACGAGUCAUUGGUUCUGUUGGCAGAUGCCCUGUGCUGGAGUCUGGAUGAUGUGGUGGGCUUCACGCACAAUGCCCAGGCUGGAAGUAAGCAGAGGCUCAGUGCUGUCAAUCAGAGUACGGUGAAAGGUGAAGAUCAGCAGCUGACUGCACGGGCCCGGGCUUGGAAUAACCUAGACUGGGCUCUUUAUACUCACUUCAACCGGAGUCUGUGGGCACGGAUAGAACAAUAUGGCCAGAGUCGGCUGCAACGGGCCGUGGCUGAGCUCCGGGCACGAAGAGAAGCUCUAGCUAGACGUUGCUUGAUGGGAGGUGAGGCUUUAGACCCCAAAUACAUCAGCGAUGUAAGGUUCCGUCCUUUCCAGUUCGGUUCAGCUAAAGUUUUGGGCUACGUCCUUCAGAAUGGACUGAGCCAGAAAGACCGAGAGGAAUGUGAACGCUUGGCUACCCCUGAGCUACAGUAUAAGGACAAACUUGAUGCCAAGCAGUUCCCCCCUACAGUCUCCCUGCCUCUCAAGACCUCAAGGCUACUUCCCCCAUAUCUAUCGGAUUACAAAUUAGAACACAAGUGGCCGGCGGAUGACAGCCAGAUACACCUUCCCUUUCCUUGGAAUGAAUAGGAAGUUGGCUCUAAGGUGAGACUGGAGUUGUCUGGCCUUUCUGGAGGAAUUCCAGCAGCAUCUGCCUCCACCCUCCACUUCCAGCUGCUCACUUUGCCUCUUCAAGUCUCAAGACAGGUUCAUGUAGCAGUUCCCCCCAAAGCCCCCCCCCCCAGGGGCCAAAGAAGAGUGAGCCAGAGAAAGUUUGGGGACCAUUUCUCUAUGAAAUCUUUGUCAUGGAGCUGUGUGGAUUUCACUGUGAAAAUGUUUGCUGGGUGAAUAAACACUAUGAAACGUUUA